CUUCACACCUCUUCCUUCCCUUCUCCUUCCCCUCACGUUUAUAAUAAGACGCCGGUGCGCUGCUCCGGUGGCCACCUCGCCCUCGCGCCUCCCUUGUUGCUGUCUCAUUUCUGACCACCGACGGGGGAGAUGGCGUCGGAGCCGGUGGCGCGGGCCGUGGCGGAGGAGGUGGCACGGUGGGGCGGGAUGAGGCAGACAGGUGUCAGCCUGCGCUACAUGACGGAGUUCGGGGCGCGCCCCACGGAGCGCAACCUGCUGCUCUCCGCGCAGUUCCUGCACAAGGAGCUCCCCAUCCGCAUCGCCAGGCGCGCGCUCGACCUCGACUCCCUCCCCUUCGGCCUCUCCCAUAAGCCCGCCGUCCUCAAGGUGAGAGAUUGGUACUUGGAUUCGUUCCGUGACAUCCGGUACUUCCCGGAGGUGAGCAACCAGGACGAUGAGCUAGCAUUCACCCAGAUGAUCAAGAUGAUCAGGGUGCGUCACACAAAUGUGGUGCCCACCAUGGCAUUGGGUGUGCAGCAGCUGAAGAAGGACCUGGGUGGUACAAAGGCAUUCCCCUCUGGAAUUAAUGAGAUCCAUCAGUUCCUUGAUCGCUUCUACAUGUCAAGAAUUGGGAUCCGCAUGCUGAUAGGGCAGCAUGUUGCUUUGCAUGAUCCUGAUCCAGAGCCUGGCGUCAUAGGGCUCAUAAACACAAGAUUGUCCCCCAUGCUGGUGGCUCGACUUGCUAGUGAAGAUGCACGCGCUAUUUGCAUGCGAGAAUAUGGAUCAGCUCCUGAUGUCAACAUAUAUGGGCACCCAGAUUUUACGUUUCCAUAUGUGACAAUACAUCUACAUCUUAUGAUGUUUGAAUUGGUGAAGAAUUCUCUUCGUGCAGUACAAGAACGAUUUAUGAACUCUGAUAAACAUGCACCUCCUGUUAGGAUCAUAGUUGCUGAUGGAGCAGAGGAUGUAACUAUCAAGAUUAGUGAUGAAGGUGGUGGAAUACCAAGAAGUGGCCUCCCAAGAAUAUUCACCUAUCUCUACAGUACAGCAGAACACCCACCUGAUCUAGAUGGCCAUAAUGGAGUGACAAUGGCUGGGUAUGGUUAUGGGCUCCCAAUUAGUCGUCUUUAUGCUCGAUAUUUUGGCGGGGAUCUGCAAAUAAUUUCUAUGGAGGGAUAUGGAACUGAUGCUUACCUCCACUUAUCACGUCUGGGAGAUUCAGAGGAACCCUUGCCCUAAGAGAUUCAGAAGGACCCAUUACCUCAUUGACCUGCUGCUCUGAUAUCAUUGCUGUUAUUAGGAUGAUGUAAUUGUUGGCUGGUAUGCAAAUAUCGUUACCAAGGCCAGCCAUCAAUAUAUGAUUCAGCUGUUCUGCUCUAGUCAGUAUAUGUGGAAUGACACCAUAACCAAGGCUCUAGUUUUUUCUUACCGUCAUUGGAAUUUGGGAAGAAUGACGUUGCAGAACUACUUCGAACCAACCCUUGCCUGGUUUAUGUUGUCUAAAAUUGUUUACUAGAGGCUCAAAACGGGAAGUCCUCACAUACUUCCAGUGCGUUUCCUUGGCAUCUUUACUAAAAGAAGGAUUACUGGCAGGA